AUGGCCCAGGAUCCGCGUGCACUGCUGCAAAAGGCCGAGAAGGCGCUCCAAGGCGCCGGGAGCGGCUUCAGCUUCUUCGGCGGCCGCGAGGAAAAGUACCAGAAUGCCGCGGACAUGUUUGUCCAGGCCGCCAACGCCUUCAAGAUGCAGAAGCAGAACGUCGACGCCGGCAAGGCCUUCGAGCAGGCCGCGCAAAUACAGACCAACAAGCUCAACGAGCCGGACGAUGCCGCCAACACCCUCGUCGACGCCUUCAAGGCGUACCGCAAGGAGGACCCCCAAGCCGCGGCGCGGUGCCUCAACGUUGCCAUCGACCGAUACUGCUCAAAGGGCAACUUCCGCAGGGCGGCCACGCACAAGGAGAGCCUAGGCGAGCUGUACGAGCAGGACCUGGGCGACACCAAGAGCGCUCUCGAGGCCUACGAGUCGGCGGCGGGGUGGUACGAGGGUGACAAUGCCAACGCUCUCGCCAACAAGCUGUGGCUCAAGGUGGCCGACGUGGCUGCGCUCGAUGGCGACUACAACAAGGCCAUCGACAACUACGAAAAGGUGGCCGAGCAGUCCAUCAACAACAACCUGAUGAAGUACAGCGUCAAGGACUACCUGCUCAAGGCGGGCAUCUGCCACCUUGCGAGCGGCGACCUGGUGGCGGCGCAGCGCGCCCUCGAGCGCUACCGCGAGCUCGACCCGGGCUUCGCGACGCAGCGCGAGCACAUGCUCCUGGUAGACUUGUGCGAGGCGGUCGAGGCCAAGAGCCAAGAGCAGUUUACGGACAAGCUGUUCCAGUACGACCAAGUGAGCAAGCUGGACAAGUGGAAGACGACGAUCCUCGUGCGGGUCAAGAAUUCCAUCGAAGAGGCCGACGACGAGUUUGCCUAA